CUAGCACAAGAACUGAAAAUCAAGCUUCUAGACUUUCCUGUUACAAUUGUUUAUGUAGAAAGUUUGGACGCGCUUGGAUACUAUUAUCAAUAUCUCAAUUCUACACUGAAAGAAUUACAGUUUCAUCCUUCCUCUGACAAGACACCAGAGUCUCGACUGUUUGCACAGUAUCACACCGAUUAUACACAAGGUAUGAAAAGUCAUAUCUUACAAGAACUCAGAAAAGACAAUCCCCAUAUACGUCUUGUUUUGGCUACAGUUGCUCUUGGUAUGGGUUUAAAUGCACCGAGCAUCACACGCAUUGUUCAUUGUAGGCCUCCAACAACACUGGAAAAAUAUUUACAGGAAAUAGGAAGGGCUGGAAGAUUAGGGCAAAAGUCUACAGCUAUUCUCUAUUACAACAAAAGUGAUAUUGCUAAAAAUCGGAAAGGAUUGUCUUCAGACAUGGCAAUUUUUUGUAAUGUAAGUGAUGCAUGUCUGCGAGUUGAACUUGUGAAAUACUUUGGUUUCCAGACGACAGUGCACGUGUUUGAUGGCCCAAUGGAUGAAUGCUGUUCAAACUGCCGUCAAACACUAGUGAAUGCUGUGGACAACGUGAAUGUCUGA